AUGGCCAAAGACAAGUGCCUGGCAGGGCGGGCGCCAGGGAGUGUGGCUAAGCACCUGGAGGGAGGCGCAGGCAGCGUGCGAGCAGGCAUAGUGGCCUCCCUCUGCACGGCACUUGGAGGGCCUGUUGCAAGCAUGGAGGAAUGCCGGUUGAGGGACGAGACGGGGCAGCCGAUGUCAACGGGAGCGGAGAUGUAUUCAUACCUGCAGCGCACGCAUGUGAGCGGAGGGCGGGUGAUUUCUGCGCAGCACAUGCGGCGGUUUGUGCAGACGGUGGUGGCGGCGCUGCGGUCCGUGACGGGGUUGGAUGAGGCGUCGUGUGCGCGCAUCACCACGCUGCUGCAUGGGUUUGACGAUGCCAUUGUCACGUCUGAUGCAGUCGGGUGCUCGCAAGGUGGGGCGUGGCUGCAGUGGCGAGCAGGUGUGAAGCACAACACGACCAUCCAUGUGGGCGACAAGGUCACCUGGGUGUGGGAUGACGACCUUCCACACUCCCUGCGAGCUGUGUAG